GGUAGGGGAAGCGUCGCAAUGAUUGUGAAGAGUGGAAAACGAGAAAAUGUCAAAAAUCUUACAUUUGACUAAAAUGGCAUUUGCAUCUUCAUCACAGCAGCAACAACAUAUUUCGACAGCUUUAAAGUCAGUUAUAUGUAAGAUAGAGUCAGCUACAUCGAAAAGACCAGAGUCUUUGCCUUCAAUAAAACCGAGACUUGUAGCUGUCAGCAAGACAAAACCAGCAGAGGCUGUUAUUGCUGCAUAUGAAUGUGGGCAGCGAUACUUUGGAGAGAAUUAUGUUCAUGAAUUGGUAGAAAAAACACAGAACUCUGAUAUAUUAAAACUCUCCGACAUAAAAUGGCAUUUCAUUGGUCAUCUGCAAAGAAACAAAGUUGGGAAACUACUAUCUAUUCCCAAUUUAGACAUGGUAGAGACUGUGGAUUCUAUAAAACUUGCAGAAUCUCUUGAUAAUGCAUGGAAAAAGCUGAAGAAAACGGAGCCUCUGAAAAUAAUGAUACAAGUAAACACAAGUCAAGAGGAAAAUAAGGCUGGAUGUAAUCCGGACAAAGUUACGGAAAUAUACAAAUUUGUGACAGAGGUGUGUGUAAACUUGGAUGUGACAGGACUGAUGACUAUUGGUUCCUUUGACCAUGAUUUAUCAAAAGGACCAAACCCAGACUUCCAGUCUUUGUUCCGAUGUCGAGAAGAUUUAUGUAGCGAGUUUGGUAUCAAUGUCGAUCGACUUGAGCUGAGUAUGGGCAUGUCAGGAGACUAUGAACAUGCUAUUGAUUUGGGAAGUACUAACGUUCGUGUGGGCAGUACUAUAUUUGGAGCAAGAGAAAUGAAGAAGAAAGAUGUUGAAACAACAAAAACAAGUGCAGACUCCUCAGAGUCUGGGGGGUCAGGGGCCAUUGCCAAUAUGUCUAAUGCUAUGUCUGAUUUAGCUGUUGGGCAAUGUUGACAGACAGUACCAAUAUAGUGCUGUUAAUAUAAUAGGUCCUUAGAGACAAUGUCUCAAGUUAUCUGCUGUGAUUGCCUUUUCUUCAUCAUUGUCUGUCCAUAAAAUUUUGACAUUUUUAACUUCCUAAAAAACACUUCUGUUAUACUUUGUUUUCAGUUGGAACUAAUUCAAACUGUGGGUUAUAAGCACAAGAUGAUAAUUUGAUUGUAUGAAAGUUUAAAUCUCACUAACUCCAAAGGACCUGAGGGAUUCAGGGCUUAAAUAGGUCAAAAUGGUUAUUUUUUUAUUACUUCCCUUUAGGCCAAGAUGUGUUAGAAAGAAAUAUUCUUCAUCCAUAGACUUGUAUACUGGAUUAUGGAUGGAGCAGUUAUAUUGUUUUAUUUUCCAUAUUGCAGUAAAAUAAUAUUACAUGUGUAUAUUACAUAUGUAUGAGUUGGUCGUGCAUAUUUAUGAGUUGGUCAUGCAUAUUUAUGAGUUGGUCUUGCCUCAUUAACAAUUUGUUGGAAAAGUCAUGCUUUCUACAUUUACAUGAUGACCAUAUGUACUGGAGACCUUGCUAUGCUUACGUGAUAAUUCUCAUGUUAUUUAUGAAAAUCAACUACAGGUAUUUCAGAACUCAGGUACACAGUUAAGGCCCUUGGGUCUCUUGUCUUUACUAUAAGGGGACACAGUUUGUCUUUUGUUAAUUUGUUUACACCAUUUCAGGGUGAGGAAACAAAGUCUUGUCCACAAAUACAUGUAUAUUUAAAGAUUUCAUAGGCAACAUGUGAUAUAGGAAAUGAUGAACAGCUGAUUUGAAAGAUCACUUAGGAAUGUCAAUUUCAGCUUUGAAUCACUUUUAACAUCAUAUUAAUAAAAAACAUGAGUGUUAUAUUAACUUUGCUGUAAUAUCUUUCUAAGAAUAUUCCACCGUGUAAUUUACUUUAUACAGCAAUAGAUCCAAUUUACAAAUAUUAAUGUAAGGUUAGCUAAAUUCAUUUGUAGUUACUGUAGGUGUGCAUAGUUUUAGUGUAUCAAAUUCAAACAUAUUAGCACAUCAUUUAAAAAAAAUUAACUGAACCCACAAUAUAAAUAUUGCAGAAAAAAAAACAUAGAAAGAAUGAAAUUAAGCACAAUUAUGAUUUAUUACUUUGUAUUGAUUAAGUACUAGAACACACUUACAGUUGUUGUAUUGUGUGUUUAUAGAUUAACCAAUUGUAAUGUAAUAUGCUGAAAAGUUGGGCUUUAAAGUUCAUAGCACUGUGUCUGCCAUUUACUGGUUUAUAAAUUGACACUAAAAUAUUGCAUUACAAAAGAUACUGUAUUCCUUAUCAGUAUGAAAAAGCUUACUCAUGUAUGUGUUCUAUACACAGGGACUUGGCAAACAUUCCAGCAUCAUUAUUCCACAUAAUUAUCUUAUUUAACUUAUAAUUUCACUGCUCAUCGCUGCAGUGAAAAUAUAAGUUUUAUUAGUUUGAUCAGUUUCUAUACUUCACUUGCAAAAAUGCAGUAAAUAUGUAUACAAAUGUAUUACCACUAUUUGGAAUUUAUGUUUGUCAAGUCCCUGUGUUCUAGAGUAUAGUAUAAACAAACUAUAAUUAUGACAUGGUAUUUUAAGUUAUACAAUACACCUUACUAAAAUGUCGGAAAGUUGUCAUAUAAACAUCACAUAAUUUAAUUAACGAAUGUACACAUCAUCAGGAAUUGUUUUGUUGGAAUUGUUUAUGUUUUUGUUUGGCAGGUGAAAUCUAUAUAUAUACAAUGUAGUAUGAUUUGACAGGGCUGCCUUAUUUAUUUCAUCAAUUAAAUAUUAAAUACAGUAUAUAAGUACUGGGUACACCUAUUAAACAGAUUUUUUGUUGCUAUCCACCAUAUAACAGAUGAAGUUUUAUUUCCUGGGAAUAUGUGCUAUUACCUUUAAUUUUAUCUGUAGAGUGGGAAAUACAAAUUUUGUUAUUAAAAUAUUUUUGUUUA